ACGCUAGUAGAUUUAUACUAAUACAAAAUAUAGCUUUGGCCAUAUUAAAACACGUGGUUUUAAUUAUCUAGUUCAAGAUUCAUCUUGUCCGUGACGUCAUGUCACAAUCACUUCCCUGCUUAAUGACGUCACUCGACAGAGCAUAAAAGACAUUUGUUUUGGUUUUGAGGAGUUGUGGCCUGCGAGAGCAUCCAGUUUCAUCGUCUCUUAUUUCACGCGCCGUUAUUUUCGGCGGAGACUUGCGACAGCCGGAGUUCGCAGGCUAUUUUAGACGAGUUGCAAUUUGAAACCGAUCAAAGAAUCUAAACAGGCGCCUGUAAUUCAGGCUUGUAACUCGAAAGUCGAAUCAACCAUGGUUUUUCGGUCUUCCUCUGGUCAUCAUCAGUCAUCACCAUUAGUAUUAGUUGUGACUGCUGUUUGCUUGAUGCUGUUCAACUUGACGUUCCUGGUGUUUGUGUCCCGAAUCAACAGUCGAAUAGCAACACUCGAAAAGGAAAAGAGCGACGUCUGAUCUUCCUCUCUGAUUAAUGAUCAAAAAUCGAGACGAGACUUGACGGAUGUUGGUGAGGUUCGUGAGAGAAACAAGCGCGCCAUUCAAACCUCGCUACAAGAGCUUAGCAGCAAAGUGGAAUGGUUAGAACAGAGGGUUCUGAUGAGUUUCAGCCAGCCGUAGCUUGUACUCAUAUUCAUGUUGUUCUGGCAGGCUGUUAAAUGUGUCCAAACUGGAAACAGCCUCGGGGGAUCCGUGUUUUCUGGCCGCAUUUCGAGGUACCAAAUCAGGUCGUGACGGACGAGAUGGCAGAGAUGGAAGAGAUGGUGCAAAAGGGGACAGAGGGGAACCAGGCAAAAUGGGACCUCAGGGGCCUGCUGGAGUAAAAGGUAACAAGGGACAACGAGGUAAAUUGGGCUCCCCCGGAGUACCUGGCGAUAAUGACCAUCACACCAAUGUGACUACAGGGGUGGUGUACAUUCGCUGGGGGCGGACAUCAUGCCCGGGGGACGCACGGCUGUUGUAUAAAGGUCGCAUAGGCGGAAAUUAUUACAGUCACACUGGGGGCGGUUCGAACCAUAUCUGCCUUCCUGAUCAGCCACUAUACGCAAAGUACGAUGACAGUUGGCAAGGUUCUUCUGCUGUGUAUGGCGCCGAGUACGCCGUGAGUGAUUUUAAUCCGUUCAAGAAGCCUCUUAACAAUUAUGACGCCCCAUGUGCAGUGUGCUACGUCGAGUCACGUGGUUCUCAGUUGAUGAUCCCUGCCAGGUAUGACUGCCCCUCUGGGUGGACACGAGAGUACUGGGGCUACCUCAUGACGAAGAGUUACUCGAGUAAGGGAAACACUGACUUUAUUUGUGUUGAUGAGGAUGCAGAAUAUGUGCCGUUUACUCAUGGAGCUCAAGGCGGAGUCAAGUUAACCCCGGUCCAAGGAGCCUGCUAUGUGUUACCAUGUGGCUGUUAUGUUGAGGGUCGGCAACUGACAUGCGCAGUUUGUACCAAGUAAAGAACAUUUUUGAAAUUAAUUCAUUGUGGAACUACCCCGUUAAAAAUGUCAGUUUAUCUUUAAGGAGGACGAGAUACAAUGUACUUUGAAAAAUUACAAAAUACACAAAUUGUCAGAAACUAAGAAGAUUGAAGAUGCUGCUUUAAUUCAGUUUGUCUUGCGUACUAAUAAUUGUUAUUGCAGUUUCGCCAUAGUAUUAAUCGAGUGGGAACCAAGCUGGGUGUGAACUUCAAACAUCGUACGAUUUUAUUUUGUUUACACGGAUAGGAAUUUGACUCGAAAAAAUGACAAGUAAAUAGAAAAUGAAUACAACAAUAAUAAAUGAAAGAAACUAGGCGAAUAAUAAAGAAAACCACAACAAACGCGACUUAAAGAACAUCAACCAGAGUGAUAAAGUAGAAACUGAACAGAUCCUGGAUACGUAGGCGAUGCACAAUUUGAUAGAACGGAUUUGCAAGCUAUUUUAAAAUCCGUAGCUCUUAAAUUCGUAAAAGUACGCGCGCGAAAAAUGUAAAUUAUUUGUCCCGUUGGGAUAUCGUGAUUUGAAAAGAGAACGAAACAAUAGAAAGCAACGCAAGAAUGUCACAGUAAUAAACAUGGGCAAAUUUAAUCUUUGUAGAAGCUGACGCGAAUUAAAUUAUUUUAGCACCGAUA